AUGGAGUACGAACGUUGGGAAGAGGACAUUUUCGAUUUCGAGUUUGAUGGGCGAGGAUACAGAUUCGAACCGGAAUAUACAGUAGAGGAGCUACGCCAAAUGGAUCUGGAAAUGCAAGCAAGGGACACUGGGGAACCUGAAGAAGUCACAGAAGGAAUACAAGUUCCCAGGGUAUCGGGAAGUUGGUGGUGCACUUGUGGAAAGUGCAAGCCGAUGCCCACCGAACUGGAGAGUAGAUGCUGCAAAGAAUGGGAUCUUCUGGUCACUUCAGGCAUGGCUAGCCUGAAUGUCUCGGUCGAUGAGACGGGUGAGGAGGAUGAGGAGAGGGGUGAAUCGCCAUCGUGCAUUACCGAGAAGGAGGUGCGCCAGCUUCUAAAUAAACCAGUUUUGGAGACUUUCUUUUGGGUUCCGAAAAUAAACUGGAAGAAACGCCCUGUUCCAGAGGGACCAAACGGCCAAUUGUCUGAAAGACAAUAUCGUCUCGUCGCCUAUCGUGUAAUUCUAGAGUGGGCAUUGAAAGGUCACCGACUUGGACGUGGAAAUCGUGCUGUGUUACCAAGCUGCGUCGUCAACGCUGUCCGGAAUGCCUUCCCAUCCCCCACUGGGGAGUACGUAGGAUUUACACCGAAAGAGAUUGAGGACUUAUUCUGA